AUGUCGUACGGCAAUCAGUACCAGAGCAAUCCCUACGGGGACGCCGAGCAGGGCGGCUACAACAACUACGGUGGUCAGGCUACCGAGAUGCAGUCGUACCCUCAGCAACAGACCUCCGACACCCUCUCGCAACAAGACUUCCUGCAGCGCGUCGGCCAGCUGCGCGAGCAGGUCGGCACCAUCACCACCAAUGUCCAGGCAAUCGCUUCGCUGCACCAGCGGGCCCUGGCCGAGUCCGACGGCGGCCUCUCGUCCCAGCAGCUGGAGCGCAUCAUCUCCGAGACCCAGGCCCUGAACGCCGGCAUCCGCGACCAGCUGGCCUUCCUCAACUCGGACGCCAACCGCACCACCGACGGCAGCAAGAGCAUGAAGCGGCAGCAGGUCAACACCAUCAAGGCCAACUUCGAGCGCGAGCUUCGCAGCUACCAGCAGGAGGAGAACAGCUACCAGCAGCGCUACCGCGACCAGAUCGCCCGUCAGUACCGUAUCGUGAACCCUGACGCAACCGAGGAUGAGGUCCGCCAGGCCACCGAGGCCGACUGGGGCAACGAGGGUGUUUUCCAGACUGCUCUGCGUACCAACCGUACCGGACAGGCUACUUCGGUCUUGGGGAACGUCCGCGCCCGUCACAACGAGCUCCAGCGCAUCGAGCGCACUCUUAUUGAGCUGUCGGCCAUGUUCCAGGAUCUGGCCAUGCUCGUGGAGCAGCAAGAGGUUGCCGUGGUGGCCGCCGAGCAGAACGCAGAGAACACCACCAAGUACACCGAGGAGGGCAAUAUGCACGUAGGAAAGGGUAUCAAGAGCGCUCGCAACCGCCGUAAGCUCAAGUGGUGGUGCCUCCUCAUCACCAUCCUCAUCAUUAUCAUCGCCGUCGGUGUUGGUGCCGGUGUGGCUUGCUCAAACGGACUCUGUGGCGGAAACAAGAAGCAAUGA